AGGCGCAUUAAAACAUCAACUUGGGUCACGGUUUGUUCGAGAUAACUUAACAUCCUCUCCCCGCCCGCCUCGGUUGUCAUCGGUACCGCGAAAGCAUGGCCAGCCGCCCACGCACCGAGAAUGCCUUGCUUCUUACAGACGUUGUAGUUCAGCUUGCUCCUGAUGCGGCCGCUAAGCUAGUGAGUUACAUUGUAGCGCAAGGCAGCUUUCCGACAUGCCGCUUGGCAUGCAAAAAACUACGUUCCUUCAUUGACAGCAACCUGCAUGAACUGAAGUUAAAUAUAACCUAUGAAGACAAGCAGCUAUGGUCCCAGCGUAUCGGUAUGUUAGCGCUCUGGCCCGCAUGCAGCAAGUUGGACAUCCGGAUAGCACCGGGCCACCUUUCUCGCUCUCACCACCGCCCAUCCGUUGAAAGCGGUUUGCUGCUGCCUUUUGCUGGCCUGGAAGCUGAAUCCUUGGAGCGUAUCGUUGAGUUGCGGGUCACCAUGGAGCGCACCCAUGAGCGCCAACAUGAUGGCCAAGAUGAACGUUGCGAAUUCGUAGCUGGCCUGCCCAGCCUCCUGCUCCUGCUCCCUAACCUAAGCUCCUUAGACCUUGCCGGACACCAGCACGGGCGACCUGAGAGCUGUCCCGAUGUCUUCAACGACCGCUCUUUCAAUGGGCAGCAGCAACAACGCUUCUACCGCGCCCUCAGCUCCCUGCCUCUCCUCGAAAGCUUGAACCUCCCCAGCAGCCAGGGCCUGCAGCACAUCCACGUCCUGGCGGGCAGCCUCAAACGCCUCAGCGUUACCCUGCAUGAUACCAAGGGUGUGUUGAGUGGCCCAGCAGCUCAAGCUCUAUCCAACCUCCCGCUGCUACUUGACCUGCGCAUCACCCGCCUGAACCUCCCAGGCGACAGCCAGGCUAGCCGCGACGGAGGCCUCCAGCCGCUACUCCAGAACCUUCCGGCCUCUCUGCAGUCCCUGGAGCUCUCCGGCGAGAUAGAAGGCACACCCUUCGAUGUAGGCGCCUCGCUAGCCCCCGGCUGCAUACAAACCGCCAGCAUCACUUCAGACCGGGCUCUGCCCAUCAAGAAAUGCAGUCGUCUGGCGCAGCUCUUGCUUUACAUUCUAAACCGUACAUACACAGCCUCUGCUGCAGUACAUGCGGUACCUGUCGUACAAUCUACUUCCGGUGCCGUACGCUUGGGAUCCAGCAGCCUUGGUGACAAGCAACAGCAGCAGCAGCAGCAGCGAAUACGUUUGCGGGAGCUCAGAUUCGAUCGGAUGCUCUUAGUCCGUCAGACGUUUUCCUUCCCGGGGGAACCGCGUCCGCCAGAGGUGGCGGAGCUGCAGCAGCCGGAGGUUGCCCCGCUGCUGCAGCUGCUGCGGGCGGCGGAGAGGGUGAGCGCGAACUGGCUGUCGGUGCGAGACCGGGAGGUGGGGGAGGCGGUCAGGUUGUUUGGCCUGCCAGCGAGGUUGGUUGUCCUGACGGGGCCCUCGGGGUUCAUCUUGGAUACCGGAGUACGGACCGGGGUAGAGCGGCAGGGGCAGCAGGGGAUGCAGCAGCGGGGACAGCAACAGCAACAGCGGGCAGCGGCAGCGGCAACUGAACUUACAGCACCAGCAAGGACGGUACCGGCGCCCCUGCAGCAGCAAGGAGGUCACGGCGAGGAGGCGGAGCAGCACCAGCCCAACCAGCAGCAGCAGCAGCAGCAGCGGUUCCCCACAGCAGCUGAAGUAGCUCAGGCGGUUCUGCGACGGCUGACGACAACCACGGCGCCACAAGCAGCAGCAGCAGCGGAGGUCGGAAGCAGUGGAGACGCAGGCGUCCCCUCCACCUCUGCAGCAGCAGGCGCCUCGGCUCGGGAGGCAGCCGCAAGUGGCAGCAGCAGCCGCGGCGGCGGCAACAACCGUUGCAGCGGCAGCGGCCGUGGUCGCAACAGCAACGGCAGUAGUGCUAGCAUCAGAAACCCCUCCUACGCAAACCUGAUCUUGAACCCGACAGGGCUGCUGGUGGUGCAUGGCCCCAGCAUCGCGGCACUUGCUGGCAGGGUGCCCCGGACAUGGGGGAGGGCAAGACCCGCGGAGGGGUGGACCAAGCUGCAUGGCUACAUGCUGGGGGUGGCAGAACGUACGGCGGAGCUGUACAGGCGGCGGGACGGGGCGUGCAUGUGUGUGUAUCAGGUGCUGCCGGCGGUGCUGGGUGCUGCAGUGGUGGAGUGCGGCAUUGGGGCGCAGGUCGCGCGGGGCUUCGUGACGGCCGCAGUGGCUGCGGAGGAGGAAGAGGCGGCGGAGUUGGUGCAGCAGGGGGGGAUUUGGGAGAGCGUGGGCGUGGAGGUGGUGCCGGCAGGGGGCGUGCAUGUGUCUGUGGUGUCGGAGGAGAUAACGGGGGCGGAGAGGUUUCAGGGACGGCGACUGGGAGCGCGGGAGGCGUACUUCGAGGCGUUGCAGCAGGAGUUGCAAUACUUGUGGGACAACCGCAACCGCACUAGCAGCAGUGGCAGCGACCAUGAAGGCAGCAGCGGCAGCGCUGCCACCACCUCCACCACCAGCAACAACAACAGCAGCACCUGCAGCACAAACAACGGCAGUACGAGCAGCAACCCCACCGCUGCUAGCAGCAGUGACCUGUGCUGGUUGCAGUGGGCCGUGUCGCUGGGGCCGCAGCUGUGGGUGGAUAUGGCCGAGCCGACCCGGUGCCUGCCUGCAUGAGCGGCUGAUGCGGGGGGGGGGACCGGUGCUGUGGUGGUCGUACAUGCAUGCGUGGGAGGUGUGUUUUAAGGAAUACUGGUCGUGAGUCGGAGCGUACUGUGAUUGCCGGAAGAUGCCGUCUAUCUACACAGAAACGUGUGAGGUGAUGGUUCUUGUGGUGGGGGGGUGAAGGGUGGUGCUGAUGUGAUCAGGAAGGGAGGUAAGGGCGGCGUUUUGGCUGUCGGCGGUACAUGUGAGCAAAGAUUGGCAGUGUGGGUCCUUUGUUGGGCUGUAUGCCGUGUUUCACAGCGGAGAAUGACCCAUGGUUCAUUGCGGUUGUAAUGGUGGAUGAUGUCCCUUGUUUCGCCGUGAAUGGGAUUGUUGGCUCUGUUAGCAGGAUGGUCAGCAGGGUAGGUGUGCUGUUGAAUGGCUCAAUGUCUUAACGCGGUAAGGGAUUGGGAAGAGGUAGAAAGAGAACGAACACCGGGGGUGCCACGUCGCGUCGCUGAGACGUGUACGAAGCCUUGCGCGUCAGGCUUCAAUGCGAGAGGAACUGACAAGGUUAUUGUAAGUACAUUUUUAUAGCAGC